AUGACCGACCGCCCCAGAAACCUCCAUCCCUCGCGUUCUUUUACUCGGCUUGAGCCUGCCUCUAAAAGCCCGCUAUCACGAAGCCGAGCGAGCACACUGCAAGGCCCACACGCGUCAGACAUGCUCGAUCCGCUCAAGGCUUCCGUACUGCCAGAGGAAGAUGAGAACACAGAGGGCGAUGUGUUUGCUGAAAAGGGCGAGGAGGAUGAGGAGCAUGGGGAAAAGCAAACGGCACCAGACACAUUCGAGGAGCUGCCCAUAGAGAUUCGCAGCUUGACAGAGCGAUUUCUCGAAUCCCUGACUGCAAAGAUCCAUCCCACCCCACUGUCCGCCGACGCCCUCGCAGACCUCUUUCAGGACUUCUACGGCCGCGCCUCCUCCAAAAUCAACACACACAUAGCAACCCUAUCCGCUCGAAUCACGAGUGAAUCAUUUGUCGCAGAUUCGAAAAAAGGCAUUGCUCCAUCAAGCAGACCAGGUUCCAUACGGAAAGGAAGCGAUCAAUCGGGGGAACAGCAGAUGCUCAGUGCCUCUGAGAUGGCUGAUCGCAAAAAAGCUCGAAAGGCGCUAGAGGUCAAACGGCUGGCCCUUGAGGAGGCUGUCGAGCGAGCAGUUUGUGAGAAGGUAUACGACAGGAUAUGGCGCCACAGGAGCACCGACGACGAGGAAAGAGACCAGAAGCUCAGAUCGAGAACAGCAGCUCUCUCACUGGUGGGCAUUGGUCUGCAAGAAUUGCUCAUGACUGGGGAAGAAUUGACAGAGGAAGAGCGCCAGAAAGCAAAGGAGAAGGAGCCCGAGAUACGAGAGUACCUGUCAGCGGCGCGGGAAGACUUGCUCAAGAUGAACGACGAAAAGUAUCCCCUUGGAAAAGUACAGCAUCUUACUGCUACGCACAAGUCGAUUGUUGAAGCAUUGUCUAAAAUCUUCCCUGCCACAUCAUCUGCAGACGAAAUUCUCCCUACCCUCAUCUACGCACUCAUUACUAUGCCUCCUGUUCACUUGAACGUCAUAAGCGAUCUGAACUUUAUUCACCGCUUCCGCGCAUCGAGCCGCAUGGAUGGCGAAACUGCCUACUGCUUGGUCAACCUAGAGGCAGCCAUCUCGUUUCUGGAGACUGUUGAUCUUUCAUCAUUACGAUCCGAAGAGGCCACUUCCGCAAAACUAGAUUCAAGGCCCGCAACACCAAAGUCAGAGAUAACACCCAUGCCGUUGGGUCUAUCAGAUGCCCCAGAUCUCAUCCAGACACCCGCCACUCCAACUGCCAAAGCCAUACCCAAAGAGCCAUCAAGCCCUACAACUACAAAAGCCCAACGUCGCUUGAGCAAUCUCAUCCAGACGCAGACCAACAAGAUAGAAGCCGCCUCCGACGCGGUACGAGAUUCAAUCCUAGACUCGGCCGAUCAGGCCCUUGGGAGAAUCAAUACUACGCUAGACACAAGCUUCAAGUUUUUCUUUGGUGGUCUCAGAGAGAAGAACCCCAACGGCCCUAUGCAAGAACAGCCGGCACUGCCUAAGACGCUAGAAGACGCCAGGAAACUGGUCAAUUCCCCCACUCGUACGGAAUCCUACGAUGAUAUUCUGAGCAUCAGUGCUGCAAGUUCGAUUCAAGGUGAGGAACCAUCGGAUAACGCUAGUGGUAGAGGACUAGAUGCAAAGAUGGCCGAUCUCUUUGCUGGCAAAAGACAAAUCAGAGACCGCAGUGUCGAUUCCACUAGGUCAGGUGGCAGCAAUAGCGGACGACGUGUCACUUUUACAUCUGCGCCAAAUGCAGAAGAAAAGGCCCCAUCGCCUGCAGCAGUCAAAACAGACCCUCCAUCGAACAACGUUUCUGCCGUCGACUCUCUUCGCAACAUGGGUAACAACUUCAACCCUCUGAAUCGUUUCUCUAGUAUGAACGUAAUACCCCGCUUCGCACGUGCUGUGAGCAAUAGCACCACGCCUAUUCUCUCUUCCUCAAGUCAGGAAGCACCAAAGACAUGCCCUUCGCCUGAGCCACUCAGUCGAACCUCAACAGCAGAAAUGCCACAGCCAGACGAAAAGGGAGCAAAGGCGAUCGCUGCAUUAGAUCAACUGAAAAAGACACCACCACCAGUAAAACGUUUCCUCGAAGCAAAAGAUGCACAGGAUUUCAAGUUGAAGGAGAUUGAUGAGCUUUUGAAGGAGUACCAGCGACUGGCUGGAGCAAUGAGAACGGCAAUCAACAAUUGA